AUCCGAUUCUUCUUUCCCCGCUCUCUCUAUCUCCCUUCCCUUUUUCGCUGGAACUGCUCUCUCUCUCCAAGGCUUUCUAGGGUUUCUCUAUCUGUUCCCGUUUUCCGCCUAAUCCGAUCGCCGGCUCCGUGAUUCUUCCACAACCUCUUUGUACUCAAGGUAAAGGUAUGGCAUUGGAAGUUACCCAGUUGCUCUUAAAUGCGCAGUCAAUUGACGGAACUGUUCGUAAGCAUGCCGAAGAAAGUCUCAAGCAAUUUCAGGAGCAAAACCUUGCAGGGUUCUUGUUGUCACUUGCUGGGGAACUGGCAAACGAUGAGAAGCCAAUUGAGAGCCGAAAAUUAGCUGGUUUGGUUCUAAAAAAUGCUCUUGAUGCAAAGGAACAACACAGAAAAUAUGAGCUUGCCCAAAGAUGGCUGUCUCUAGACACAACAACUAAGUCUCAGAUCAAAACAUUCUUGUUGAAGACACUUUCCUCUUCUGUACCUGAUGCACGUUCAACUGCAUCUCAGGUGAUUGCUAAGGUUGCGGGUAUUGAGUUGCCGCUGAAGCAGUGGCCUGAGUUAAUAGUAUCUCUUCUCUCGAACAUUCAUCAGUUGCCGGCUAAUGUCAAGCAAGCCACUUUAGAGACUCUUGGAUACUUGUGUGAAGAAGUUUCUCCUGAUGUUGUAGAUCAGGAUCAUGUAAAUAAGAUACUCACCGCUGUGGUUCAGGGUAUGAAUGCUUCAGAAGGAAACAAUGAUGUCAGACUUGCUGCAACACGGGCUUUAUACAUGGCUUUGGGAUUUGCUCAGGCAAAUUUCAACAAUGACAUGGAGCGUGAUUACAUCAUGAGAGUUGUGUGCGAAGCUACACUGUCUCCGGAGGUGAAAAUCAGACAGGCUGCGUUUGAAUGUUUAGUUUCCAUAGCUUCAACAUACUAUGAGAAGUUGGCUCCUUACAUGCAAGAUAUAUUUAACAUUACCGCGAAGGCUGUUAGAGAAGAUGAGGAAUCUGUGGCUCUGCAAGCUAUUGAGUUUUGGAGUUCGAUUUGUGACGAGGAGAUUGAUAUCUUGGAAGAAUAUGGAGGUGAUUUCACUGGGGAUUCUGAUGUUCCAUGCUUUUACUUUACUAAGCAGGCUCUCCCUGCUCUUGUGCCUUUAUUGUUGGAAACACUUCUUAAGCAAGAGGAAGAUCAGGAUCUGGAUGAAGGGGCUUGGAACAUAGCGAUGGCUGGUGGGACAUGUUUGGGACUGGUUGCAAGGACGGUUGGAGAUGAUAUUGUGCCACUUGUCAUGCCAUUCAUUGAAGAGAACAUAUCUAAGCCAGACUGGAGACAGCGAGAAGCUGCAACUUAUGCUUUCGGCUCCAUUUUGGAGGGUCCUUCUGCAGAUAAAUUAAUGACAAUUGUUAACGCCGCGUUAACAUUUAUGCUUAGUGCUUUAACGACUGAUCCAAACAACCAUGUGAAAGACACCACCGCUUGGACCCUUGGCCGGAUAUUUGAGUUCCUUCAUGGUUCAGUUAUUGAUACACCAAUAAUUACCCAAGCAAACUGUCAACAGAUCAUUACUGUGCUACUUCAGAGCAUGAAAGAUGCUCCGAAUGUUGCUGAGAAGGCUUGUGGAGCUCUGUAUUUCCUUGCUCAAGGCUAUGAGGAUGUUGGCCCAAAUUCUCCUUUAACACCCUUCUUCCAGGAAAUUGUUCAGUCCCUUCUAGCUGCUACACACAGAGAAGAUGCGACAGAGUCUCGCCUUAGGACAGCCGCGUAUGAGGCACUGAAUGAAGUUGUCAGGUGUUCAACUGAUGAAACAUCAACCAUGGUUCUGCAGUUAGUACCUAUUAUAAUGAUGGAGCUUCACAAGACUUUGGAAGGCGAGAAGCUUUCAUCCGAUGAGAGAGAGAAGCAGAAUGAGCUGCAGGGCCUUUUAUGUGGAUGUUUGCAGGUCAUAAUACAGAAACUGGGAUCAUCUGAACCAACCAAGUAUGCCUUCAUGCAGUAUGCAGAUCAAAUGAUGGGACUGUUCUUGAGGGUGUUUGGUUACAGAAAUGCAACUGCGCAUGAGGAAGCCAUGCUUGCAAUUGGGGCUCUUGCCUAUGCAGCAGGUCCUGAUUUUGCUAAAUACAUGCCUGAGUUAUACAAGUACUUGGAAUUGGGUCUACAAAAUUUCGAGGAGUACCAAGUUUGUGCUGUUACUAUUGGUGUUGUGGGUGAUGUCUGCAGAGCGCUGGAGGACAAAAUAUUGCCUUACUGUGACGGGAUCAUGACGCAACUUCUCAAGGAUUUGUCAAGCAACCAGUUGCACCGAUCAGUAAAGCCACCGAUAUUUUCCUGUUUCGGUGACAUAGCACUGGCAAUUGGGGAGAACUUUGAGAAAUACCUGAUGUAUGCAAUGCCCAUGCUUCAGAGUGCAGCUGAGUUAUCUGCUCACACAUCUGGAGCUGAUGAUGAAAUGACAGAGUACACAAACUCUUUGAGAAAUGGAAUUCUCGAGGCUUACUCUGGCAUCUUUCAAGGUUUCAAGAACUCUCCGAAAACCCAGUUGCUGAUUCCUUAUGCACCCCAUAUCCUCCAAUUUCUGGACAGUAUAUAUAUGGAGAAAGACAUGGAUGAGUUGGUGAUGAAGACUGCGAUUGGGGUCCUAGGAGAUUUAGCCGAUACACUAGGGAGUCAUGUGGGUGCGUUGAUACAGCAGUCUGUGUCGAGUAAAGAGUUCUUAAACGAAUGUCUGUCUUCUGAGGACCACAUGAUUAAAGAAGCAGCAGAAUGGGCCAAGCAUGCCAUUGGCCGUGCCAUUUCCGUUUGAGGCUGAAAAAAAAAUCCCUUUAGUUUCCGCUAUUUAGAAGUCUGAAUGCAUCUGGGGUGUGUCUGAGUUGAGUUGAGUUGAGUUUGGUCGGGGUCGGGUACUGCAUCAGUCUUGAGUAAAACCAGCAUCUUCACUGUAGUUGGGUCAGCGUCAAUGGUUCAGAUGUCGUUUUUUCAUCGAGGAGGAGGUAAGCCGGGGUAUGUAUUAGCGGGUAAAGGCAGUCCAAAGGAGUAGAGAACGACGUCAUUCUCAGUCUUAAGAGAAGAAUCUCGAGUCAGUGGUUGGGGGAGGGGAAGAGAGAUUAGAUUAGUAGUUUUGAGUAAAUAAUGCAUGUCGGGAGGUGUCCGGUUCGUUUGCUGGGUAUUCGGACAAGGUUAAAAAAACAGGAUUUUGCUGUUGUCUGUCAUGUCUUUAUUUUUAUGUUCUUUCACCCCCCCGAGAGUGGGGGGAGGUCGGUUUUGAUAGUCACUGCAUUUUUGUAAGACAUUCCCUUCUUGAUUUAUUUUGUUUGUUGUCUUUUUUUUCUUUUGGGAUUAUUUGGUCAAGUCUCAAAUCUGAAUCUGCACCUGCGGGUAGUGUCAUGAAGCAUUUGUCAUCUUUGGGGGUCUGUAUGUUGAUCAGCAUAUUCUCUCUCUCUCUUUUCCCUUAUUAUAGUUUUUCACAUGUCUGUAUACUUUCUGUACUGCACUCAGUUACAUGUGGGGUUCGUUUGUUCAUCUUUUGUUUUUUAGGUUCUCAAAAGUCAAAUGUCACAUAUCAUAUUUGCAUCCAUAGAAAGGAAAAAAGUUGCUUUUGUUA